AACUAGGGUCUCUUGGACGUUUGCGGAAGGGGUAAUCAAUAUAAUGUUGUAGAUCAACACUGAUGAAAACAAAAUGUCAUGCUGUGUACUCCGGAAAGUGAGAGAUUUUAGCAAUGUUUCUCGACAGUCCCUCUGUAGACAACUUUGCACAAGCGUUGCAAAACAAGAAGAUGCUAAAAACAAUGCUUUGGACUGUCCAAAAAGAAAUUCUGACAUCAGAACAAUGAGAAAUCAAAUGUUCAUAGAGGAGAAGAAGAGACAGUUGUCUCUGAUUCGAAGAGUUGAGAAGAUUAAAGUGGAAUACACUGGGAUACCAGAGGAUUGUACACUUCAGAUGAACAAAGAUCUUUCUACUCCUUAUAACUGUGCCAUGCACAUGAAAUCGAACAUCAAGACAUUGGCAGCCUUGGCUUUGGUGAAUGGAGAAGUUUGGGACAUGCAUCGACCUUUGGAGUCGGACUGUUCUUUAGAGUUCCUUAGAUUUAGAGACAGUGAACCAGCACAAUUAAACAGGGCAUGCUGGAGAACAGGAUCAUUUAUACUUGGGUACAUAUUUGAUCGUGCUCUGAAAGAUGAAAACAGAGUUGAUAUUUUACGUUUUCCUAAUAACCCAGUCGUGGAGGACGGAUACUUCUGUUGUGACAUUGACCUGGGCUCUUUGAACUCAUGGCAGCCUCUACAGGAAGAGCUGACUGCAUUGUCAAUUGUUGGGACAAAAUUAAUCAAAGAAUCGGCCACCUUUGAGAGAUUGGAUGUGGACCAGGAAUUAGCGUUAGAAAUGUUUAAAGACAAUAAAUACAAGUGUCAGCAGAUACCAGACGUUGCCAAGUCCUCCGUGACAGGGUCGCAUGUCACCCUGUACAAGGUGAACGAUUAUGUGGACGUCACCACUGGACCUCUCCUGGAAAGCACCUACCAUCUCUUUCAGUUCACUGUUACAAAGAUGUUUCCUAUGACAUGUCCUGUAAAUGGCAAAUUUGUCAGAGUGCAGGGAAUUGCCAUGCCACGGGCACUGCAGAUUCAUUACAAGGCUUAUGAAUUGCUGACUGAAAGGGCAAAACGAAUUGGACUUCAAGAUCCUUACAGAGAAUCUGUCCAAACUUCUGAAUAAAUUAUGUACUCAUAUAUGAUAUAUCUUAUAAUAAAAUGUCUAUUGCAUUUUUAAA